ACGCAGGGUGGGGGGAGGGAGCGCACGACGUGCGCGCGCCCUCGCCUUCGUCCACCGCUGCCGCCUCCUUCUUCUGCCGCUCCUGGUGCUGCUUGUGUGCGCGUUCGGUGCGGACCUGGUACCUCUUUUGUGAAGCGGCAACUGAGGAGACUCCGGCGCUCGCCAUGGCCGACGAAAAGCCUAAGGAAGGAGUCAAGACCGAGAACAAUGAUCAUAUUAAUUUGAAAGUGGCGGGGCAGGAUGGUUCUGUCGUGCAAUUUAAAAUUAAAAGGCAUACACCACUUAGUAAACUAAUGAAAGCCUAUUGUGAACGACAGGGUUUGUCAAUGAGGCAGAUCAGAUUCCGAUUUGAUGGACAGCCAAUCAACGAAUCAGAUACACCUGCACAGUUGGAAAUGGAGGAUGAAGAUACAAUUGAUGUGUUCCAGCAGCAGACAGGAGGCGUCUACUAAGGGAGCCUGCUGCUUUCCUCCACAGCUCUUCUCACAGACCAAGAAUACAUUCUCAAUUAGAAACAGCAACUGGGCUCCUUCACACCCUGACUACUGCAGUAUAGUUUCUCUAUUCUUUCAUUGUCCCUCCCCCGUUCCUUUAUUGUACAUAAAGUACCUGGUGUAUGUGCACAAACAUAUUGCAUUUUUUCUUUCUCUCUCUCUCUCUUUUUUUUUUUUUUUUACUAAAUGGCCAAUGGUAUGUUUUGAUUGACAUCAGAUGGAGAGGGAAUGGGGAAAUAUACUGGUUCCGUGACAAUGCCCCAUUCUCCAUUAGUGGCAUGCUCAUUCAGUUCUUAUCUUUAUAUUCCAGUAAGUUAUUUUGCUCUCACUGUUUUAACAAAAACCCAACAACAUAAAAAUCCUUGCAUACUUUGAUUGGAGAAUUUUAAUGUUUUUCAUUUAUCAUUGUAAAACCAAGGACAAUUUUAUAACUUUUUUGUACGUAGCUGUUACAUGUAGGGCAAUCUGUCUUUAAGUAGGGGUAAAUUACUCUUAAAAAAAAUGAAUCCUAGAUAGUUUUCCCUUCAAGUCAAGCGUCUUGUUGUUUAAAUAAACUUCUUGUUUAAAAUGA